UUUGUUUACGGGUAAAAGCUGCAGGCAUAUCAUAGGAGGCACUGCUAAUUUGAUCAAACAGACGCCGCAAAAGUAAAUAAUGAAUAGACGAGCCCACUAACUAGAUACACGCAACACAAACGACAGAAAUAUGCGCGAGCCCAAUUUGUACGUAAUUUUAUCGCACGCGCUAAUUGGCUCGGGUUUCUUUUUUCUGUACAUGCACCAUGUGCGCGUCAUCUUUGAGACGCGCACCAACAUUCGGCAUCUCAACCAACUGGAGCGCGAAUCGAUGCUGCGCCGCGAAGAUGCCCUCUAUUACACAUUCUACAAGAAGCUAGCCGAUGGCCCAGACUUCUGGCAUGGCUACGAGCAGCUAAAGAACGUAACAGACAUUGAAUAUCCGCACAGCGUCAAUGUACUCCAACGUUUCUAUGUGCUGCCCGAGCUAGUUACCGCCUACUUCUUCCACAUUGUGCGUGCCAGCUUUAAUCCCAGCCUGCAGCCGAUGCAGUUCUACUUUGAGUUCGUCUGGCUGAUGGGCGGCGUCACGCUGCUGGUGCUCUACUUGUACGGCACACUGCUCAGCGAGAAUGUGUUUGGUGGCAUCUAUGGCGUCCUCUCAUAUCUGAUGUUCCAUAGCUUCGCAGCGAAGAUCUACGAACGGCCGCUGGCGCGUGAAAAUUUUGCAUUUCCCUUUAUAUUUUUACAAAUGUUUUAUUUGUGCAUAUGCAUUGGCCGUAUGCUGCACCGGCAGAAGCACACCUCGCGAAUCUUUAUGGUCUGCGUGAUGUCCCUGUUUACGGCGUGUGCGCUACUCUCGUGGCAGUUCUCCAACUUUAUAUUCACAACACAAAUUAUGAUUGUGAUGACCUCGUGGAACGUCAGCUCGAUGCCAGUUGGUCUGGCGAAUGCAUUUGCAUUGGACUACUCGCUCUCACAUUUGCUGGGCAAUUGCUUGGCCUUUGUGAUCUCGCACGGCAACACCCAGCUGCUCUUCACCUGGCAGCUGAGCGUUGCCCUCAGCCUGUUCCUAAUAACGAUCGUCCGGCAGUUACGGAACCGUCGCUGCACGAACAAUGUGCUGCAAGGCGACUAUUUUUCAUUUAAGUUAAUAUUGCUGGCGCUGCUGUUCGCCAGCAGCAUGCAGGGUAAACUGGUUGACAUGCUGAGCAAGUCGGGUCUGCUUAACUGGCAGGACAAUACGUAUAUGCACUAUUGUGAUCUGUGGGCGCACUGGAUGCUGCAGGCCAAGGUGAACUUUGUGACCAAUCUGUCUGCCUGCAAUCCGCUAUAUGCGCGUGUCGCCUGGUCGGAGCUGUGGCAGCUGGUCAAGACGUUGAUUGUCAAGCCGUAUUGCAUGUACGGAGUUGUAAUGCUGGCCACGUUCUUUCGUAAAUGGCGCAAAAGCAAUGUUAUCACAAAGGCCAACCAGGAGCAGCGCGAACGCGCCCGCAACUAUGUUCUGGAGGAUUUUUUGGAAGAGCACCAUGUGUCCAUGAGCGAUAUGUCGAACAAACAAACCGAGCAACAGUUACAGCAAUGCUUUGCCAUGCUCGAGAGCUGUGACCACGACUACGAGCGCUAUAAGCGCGAAAAAGCUAAAAUGCAGCAAGAGCAGGCGCCGGAGCGCGAUGACUUUAUGCAGGACAUUAAGCGCCUCAAGGCCCAGAUACAUCGCAAUAGUGACAAACAGCGCAAAGAGCGCGAACAGGCCAGCGAAUCCAAUCUCAAAGAGACGUCUUCAAUCGAAAGUGAAUGUACGACAGAAGCAGACACCGAAAUGCAAGCACAAACGGCGACUGCAAAGGAAACUCAAAAUGAAACGGAAACUGACGAAACGCAGCCGUGCAAAACGCCCACCGACAAGGAGCCAGCCAACGGCAGACGCCGUCCAGCAACAUCAGCGCGUCGCGACUCUGUUAUACCCACGGCCAACGCUCAGAUACUGAAUCUGCAUUAUAUGUACAGCUUCAUGCAGAUGAUUGUCUUCACCCUAAUUGGUCUGACCGUGCGUAAGCUCUUCUUUCUUAGCUUCACUCAGGGCUGUGUGAUAGCGCCGACGGUAUGCUCAAAGAUCUGGUACCAUCGUCAACGCAACAUCUUUUGGUCCGUUUCGCUAGCCGUCUUUUUGCUCAGCAUGUUUGAUCCUGGCAUGGUGAACAUACGUGAGGAAUACUUUCCCACACGGUAUACUCAAUCAUCGGAUGAUCUGGAAAGCAUGCUGGAGUGGAUUAAAUUAAAUACAGAACGCGAUGCGGUGUUUGCCGGUCCCGUUGAAAUCAUUGGCACCGUCCACCUAACAACCAGGCGGCCGAUAGUUAAUCAUGCGCACCUCGAAAUGCGUCAAAUGGCUGAGCGCACGGAGCAUGUCUACUCGGUGUACAGUCGCCAGCAAUCGUCUGAUAUAUACAAUCAGUGCACACAAUUGAAAAUCCAAUAUUUAAUCAUAUCUUUAGACGAGUGCAGCAACGAAGUGCGGGACGACUGCGACAUCUUGUCAAUUUGGGAUGAUAAGCAGCCAGCAUUUCGGAAGUAUCCGCAAUUUUGUCACGAGCUUUUGCAUAAGAAUGUGCCUAGUUUUUUAAAGGUUUACGCGAACGAUAACUAUGGCAUCAUUAAGAUGUUCUCCCAAAGUGUGCAGAUCAAUUUGAAGCACAACAAAAUGCCCGAAAUGUCAAUGUGAGACAGACAAUAGGCCCACAACCAUAUGUAUGUAACUAAGGGCUUAUGGCACAUGUGACUAGAAUAUUUUACAAAUAUGAUGAAAUGUAUUAGUGUUUAGUAGUGGGCGAGUAGGCGUACACAAACACAGACACAGACCCUAUAAUUGAGAUGUUGACACCAAAAACCAGCUAAAACUAAACAAAUUCUUUUAAAAAAAUAUAUAUACAUAAAUAUAUUUGAAACAGAAUAAGAACACACACAUACAUAUACAUGUAUGUAUUUACCUAAACGCAUUGCUUUCAAGAGGCAUAUGAAUUUUGUUUUGUUUUAGAUUUCAUUUGGAAAUGCAUUCCCACUCCAUAUAAAUAGAAUGUAUGUAUGUGUGUACGGUUUAAGUUAAGUUUAGCUACGGAUCCGACUAACUACUUUGCGAGUGUAGAACUUUAGGUGCUUCACUCAUUUUGUGCAUUAAGUUUAAGCUAAGCUUUUUACAUAUUAUCUAAUCACUAAUCACACUGAGACACAGACAAUCCGUUCGGCCAUAGCCAAUGGUUGUCAAUAUGUAUGUAUAUGUAUGCAUAUUGUCCCGCAUAAAUGAGAAUAAUGACCUCCCAGAGUAUAAAUUAUUUAAAAGCUAUUGAAAUAAAGUUGAACAAACAAUCAA